UCUAAAAAUAAAAACAUGAAUCCCUCCGCCGUAACAUUGAUUGUCGUCACUUUGGUCUUGUGCGGAAUUUUCAUUCAGAGUAUUGAGGCAAAAACAGCUUUCCAGGCCGAAACACCUGACGCCGCCAAAGCAGCCGCCACACCCGCCGCAGCCGCUGGAGGCGCCGGAGACGCAGCACCGGACGCCGGCGCAGCACCUGACGCCGGCGCCGGGGCCGCCGGAGCCGCCGAAGCUCCGAAGGCCGAAGCCCCAGCCCCCGCCGUUCCAGGCAACGGCACAGGAAACGCCACCGGUCCUGCCAACGGUUAUCCAUCUCUCACCGGGUCUGCGGUGCAGUGCGCCGUAAUAUCCAUCCUGGUGUCGGCGAGGAUGUUCUACCAGACGGUGUGAUUAUGAUUAUGACAAUGACGAGAUAACGAAAAAUUUGUACCUACUUAUAACGCCAUAUUACGGCCAAUAAAGAAAAAUAAUUAAAUA